AUGAAAAAUUCAUCCGCCGUCACAUCACCACCAUCUCUCUCCCUCUUCCUCCUCCUGCUCCUACCGUUUCCAGCUCAAUCCUCCGAUGAUCUUAUCGACACAAUCUGCAAAGGGACACCAUUCUUUGACCUCUGUGAAGCUUCUCUCCGCCCUCUCUCUCCCUCACCUUCUGAUCCCAAGUCUAUAGCUUCCGCAAUAGCCAACGUUGUGCUCAGCAACAUGACCGACACUUUAGGAUACAUCCAAUCACUGAUCAGACACUCUCAGGAUCCAGCUGCGGAGCGAGCGCUGGCUCAGUGCGCCGAGGUGUACAGGCCGGUUGUUCGGUUCAACAUUCCUCAGGCGAUAGAGGCAAUGCGGCGAGGAGAGUUCGGAUUCGCGACGUAUGUGCUCGGAGACGCUGAGAAACAAACUGAUUCUUGUCAGAAAUGGAUUAAUAGUGCCGGCGCCGAUGAUGAAAGUUCAGUGCCUCUUACGGCUAGAAACAAGCUGGUUAAGAAUCUUUGUGACGUGGCGAUAUCUGUGAUUAAGUCUCUAAUGAAUGGUCGUUGA